AUGGGUUGCAUUAAACUCAAAAAUAUAUUCGGCGAGCACUGGAAGCAGUCUUACCGUGAUUUAAAAAUAAGCCCCAAGCCUACACAGUCCGGCGGUUUAGCUUCCAGCACCACUCAUGUCGCUUUCCCCUGGGAUGUCGGCAGCGGUGGAAUCGUCUCUGUUGUUGACAUUAACAAUUUUGAUAGAAACCCUCCGGUAAUGAAAUUGACAGGCCACACUGGAUCUAUUUUGGACAUGGAUUUUAACAGAUUUCAUGAAAACAUUAUCGCUUCCUCUUCAGAUGAUUUCUCUGUUAAGAUUUGGGACAUUUCGAACGUUCAGUCCAACGAAUUAAACGAGGCGAUGUUCACUCUCAACGGCCACCGGAUGAAGGUCACCAACAUCAAGUGGAAUCCCUGUGUCGACUUCGGACUUCUCACAACCUCCUUUGACUGCUCCGCCAAAGUCUGGUACGUUCAAUUUUUUUUACCUUUUAUUAGGGAUGCUUCAACAGGAAAUGAGUUCUUCUCUGUUUCUAUCAAUGAGCACCCUUCUUCUUGCUCAUGGACUCCGGCUGGGGACAAAAUCCUCGUCGCCACCAAAGAUUCCAACGUCUCUCUUAUCGAUCCCAGGUCUGGAAAAUCUUGCGACAAGUUCAAGGCUCACGACUCCAACAAGUUAACUUGCGCCCUCUGGCUUGGUGGCAGCUAUGGAAACGACCACAUCUUGACCACGGGCUUCCUAAACAACAAGGUUCGUCAACUCAGGGUCUGGGACAGCCGCAAGACUGACACUCACUUGAUAUCCCAUGAAAUAGACAGCUCUCCUUCUCCUCUCAUUCCUCAUUGGGAUCCUCACACUGGCAUUCUUACAAUUGCUUCCAAGGGUGACCUCACUGUUAGAAUAUUCCAAUAUAUGGAGGGCGAGCUUAGCAGGGCUGGAGAGUUUAAGGCUACUGGGUCCCUAAAGUCGUUCUGCAUGGUUCCUACUCAGGUCUGCGAUAGAACCAAGUGUGAAUUGGGUCGAUUUUUGUUCAACACGGACUGCAAACAGAUCAACGCCACUUCCCUCUACAUCAUCAGACGCAGUUCUUCAACCACAAUGAGCGAUCUCUAUGCUGAGCCCUUUGAGAACAAAAAGUACGCUAUGGCUGACUGGAUGGCCGGAUAUGAGAGACACAGUGUGUUCCCGUCCAUUUUCAAGAAGAAAUGUGCCGAUAUGGUCAAGGACAAGGAUGCGGGCUGCAAGUUCAGGGAGAUUUCUAAGGCCAUUCAUGAUUGCAACGUUAGGUUCGGGUCAAACUUCAACAACCCGGAAUUUGUGCCAGUUCUUGAACAACUAAGAGAUAGUAUCUCUGAUUUAAUAAAAACAAUAAAGAUUUAA